CCACCUCCCCUGGACUUUCUGCAGCAGCUCCAUGUCCUUGUGCUGGGACCUCAGGGCUGGGGCAGUUCUGCAAGGAGGGAUGUCACCUGAGCAGGGUAGAGGGACAGAUUCCUCUCCCUUGACCUGCUGUCCAUGCAGGGAGAUGAGCCCAGGACAUGGUUGGUUUUGGGGCUUCAAAUGCAGAUUGCUGGCUCGUACUGAGCCCAUGUUAAGCUGGACCUUUUCUGGGUUCACAGUCUUUAAUUACUCGACUUGGUUGGUGUUCUGAAGAUGUUAAUAAGCAAACAUUUUCUUCCACAUUGUGUUAGCAAACUGCAUAGCUGUGCUGAUAUAGGAGCACUGGAUAAGUAAUCAUUGAUAGCUCUUGGUGUUAUUGUAUGCUUUGAAAGUGGAUGGACCAUUUUGUCUGGAAUUGUGCAGAAAAACUGCUUGAGGCACUUAGCUGCCACCAGAUCAGUGGUUGAGGUUGGGGCUGUCCAAGCUGUGAGUAACUGGUGAUAACUUUUAUAGUGGAAAUGGCUUGUAGCUUUAAGUGGUUGUGUUUGUGUUCAGCUUUCUAAGGGAAUUCAGCUUGUGCCUUAUCAGAAGGAGGGAGCAGAGCCCAGCUCGGUUACUGUAGAUCAGCUGAUGGCAUGGCUGGAACUCAAAGGCUAUCUGGAAUGCAUGGGAAUUUGGUGUAUGUUUCUCCACUUCCUUGAACUGCCUUACAGUGAGCUCACACUGAGCAAAUAAUGUGCUAGGAAUAAUUCUGCAUUGGAGGAAACAAAGGGGCUAUGGAUUGUGUAAGGGUGGUGUGCUCAAAUUAAAAUCUCCAGCUGUGCUCACCCUAUGGACAGCUGAAAUUGCAUGAGGAAAUCAUGCAACUUCUGUUGAUUACUAAGGGAACCUGCAUGAGGGGAAAGAUAGGGCAAGCUUGUUAUUUAAGUAUUUAUUUGUAUGCCUGUUCAUCUCAAUUCUUGUUAAAAAAUUUUUCAAGUUAUUCCAGGAGGGACCUGUUCGGGUUUUUCCUGCCCUUGUGUAUGAUGUGUUACAGAGAAUUGGAAUUGAGGAAGUGAGCAGGUCAAGGUCUGAUUCCUUAGGGAUCAUCUUCUCCAGGGCACUGUGACACCUAGUGACAGCAUUUCCAGCGAUCAUAGGUUGGAUUUUCACUCUCCAGUUGCUCUUUUGCUCUCUGUUUAGCCAAAUGUUACUUACCAGCCUGACCUCAAAUCACUGAGACACUUUUCACGGGAGUAGAGAUGACCGCAAAUUAUGAUAAAUUUCAUGGUGGCUUUUUAAUUAUGACAUGGAUAUUCAUAUCUUCUUGGUGUACCUCUCUAACUUUCCCUGGAAAGUUGAGGGUUGCCUUACACGAGGGUUUCAGUUACACUGCCUGGGUGUCUCAUUGAUGUGUAUGAUAAUCCUUAGAGGUGAGUUUUAGGACUUACAUGAGCACCGUGCAAAAUCGUCGAUUGUCCUGUGGUGCAGUAGCAUCUGCUGUGAAAAAGCUGUUAAUUUGUUUCUUGGCUUUAGCUCUCAGCAGGAGAAGUUAGUUUGUAUAUCAAAGUGGUAAUAAUUUUGAUCUUAACUUCUCUCUGAUAUUCACAGUUAGACUCUCAGAAGGCCUGAGGAGACACUGAGGAUAACUGUGUGUGAUUGGAAAUGUAUAAUCAUGGAAGAAUAUUCUGUCUGAAUAACAUCUAAGUAACUUUAGUAGUUAAGCAAUGCCACUGGCUGCUUACAUCAAGAUCUGAAACUGCUUUUUUCUUUUGGACAAGGAGAACCAAACUGCCCCUAGGUAUUCCCAAAUACUAGGUUUUAACAGAUAGCAUGUAUAAUACAUCAACCAUUCUCCACAUGUAUUUUAGAACAUUUCCUUGGAAUAUCUGAAGUCCAUAUGGCUAUGUAUGAUGAAGAUAUCUUGAAAAAUCCCUUUUAUUUGGCCAUUCAGAAGCGACGUCCUGAUCUAUGCAGCAAAGUUGCAGAACUCCAUGGUAUUGUGCUAGUUCCAUGCAAAGGAAGCCUUUCAAGCAGCAGCCUUUCUACCUGCCAGUUUGACUCUUAUGUUCUGAAGCCUCUAGAAGAAAAUUUUCAAACCUUAAAUGGAAAGGAGAUCUUCAUACAAGGAAACCUCAUCGUUCUAGGAGCUGGUUUUAAUUACCCUCUCUCAGUACCUGUUCUCUUUGAGGAAACCUUUUACAAUGAAAAAGAAGAAAGCUUUAGUAUAUUGUGCAUAGCUCAUCCAUUGGAAAAAACAGAAAGCUCAAGUGAAUCUACAGCUUCAUCAAACUCCUAUUCUCUUAAAAACAUUGAAGAUGUUAGAGAGUUCUUGGGAAGGCACUGUGAGAGAUUUGAUAAAUACCUAGGAUCAUUCUAUAGAACAUUUAAAGAACACGAGAGGAAAAGCCUCCGCCACUACAUAGAUUCUGUCAAUGCACUUUAUACCAAAUGUCUGCAGCAUCUUUUGAGAGAUUCGCACUUGAAGAUGCUUGCAAAGCAAGAAGAGCAGAUGAAUCUGAUCAAACAAGCAGUUGAAAUGUAUAUCCAUCAUGCUAUUUAUGAUCUAGUCUUCAAAUAUGUAGGGACGAUUGAGGCAAGUGAGGAUGCUGAUUUUAAUAAAAUCACGAGGAGCCUUCAGGACCUGCAGCAGAAAGACAUUGGAGUGAAGCCUGAAUUCAGUUUUAAUAUACCACGUGCAAAGCGAGAACUGGGUCAGUUGAACAAAUGCACUUCCCCUCAACAGAAGCUACUCUGUCUGCGUAAAGUUGUACAAAUUAUUAUGCAGUCUCCGAGCCAAAGAGGUCAUUUUUUCAGGAUGGCCAACUUGAGUUACAUAAAGAACUUCAGGCUUUGCAGUUCAGUGAAGGAUGAGUUGGGAUACUGCCUAACCUCGAUUGAGGCUGCAAUAGAAUACAUACGGCAAGGCAACCUCUCUGACAGAUCGACAGAAUCUGAGAGUCUGUGUGACAAGCUGCUCUUAAGACAAAGGAUGAACUUGUUGUCCCAGAUGUCUGCUGCACCAAUUGACUGCUUGUUUAAGCAUAUUGCUUCAGGUGAUCAAGAGGAAGUGGAGCGGCUGCUAAGUCAAGGUGACAGUGAUAAGGACACUGUACAGAAAAUGUGUCACCCGCUGUGUUACUGUGACAAAUGCGAGAAGCUGGUUUCUGGGAAACUGAAUGACCCUUCCAUUAUCACCCCCUUUUCCCGAGAUGACCGGGGAUACACUCCACUUCACAUAGCUGCUAUUUGUGGUCAAACUUCAUUAGUGGAUUUACUGGUAGCCAAAGGAGCCGUUGUCAAUGCUACAGAUUACCACGGUUCAACUCCUCUUCACCUCGCCUGCCAGAAGGGAUACCAAAAUGUUACACUGCUCUUAUUGCACUACAAGGCAAGUACUGAUGUUCAGGACAAUAAUGGAAAUACUCCACUUCAUUUAGCCUGCACUUAUGGUCAUGAGGAUUGUGUCAAGGCUUUAGUGUACUACGAUGUGCAUUCCUGCAGGCUGGAUAUUGGCAAUGAGAAGGGAGACACUGCUCUGCACAUUGCUGCUCGCUGGGGCUACCAAGGCAUCAUAGAAGUGCUCUUGCAAAAUGGGGCAAACCCAGAAAUUCAGAACCGCAUGAAAGAGACUUCCCUACAGUGUGCAUUAAAUUCCAAGAUUUUGUCGUUGAUGGAAUUAAACUACACAACAUUUGAAAGGGGACAGAGUGCUUCUGAGUCACCACUUAGGUCUCCUCAGCACUCAACAGAAACUUUCAGCAGAGGAUCAUCUGUCUCAAGCCUGUCAUCAGCAUCAACUGAUAUGAGGCAAGAAGAAGCAAAAAACAGUUAUAAAGAGGUGGAAAAACUCCUGAGAGCAGUUGCUGAUGGAGAUCUGGAAAUGGUUCGUUAUCUCUUGGAAUGGGUGGAAGAAGACUUGGAAGAUGAGGAUGACACAGCCAGUACAUCAAAACCAGAAUUCUGCCAUCCCUUAUGCCAGUGCUCAAAAUGUGGGCCAGCACAAAAGAAGUUUUCCAGGAUCUGUUCCAACGGGCUGGGGGUGAAUGUUUCAAACCAGGAUGGUUUCACCCCUCUGCACAUGGCUGCUCUGCAUGGCCACGGCGAGCUGGCAGCGCUGCUGCUGCGCCACGGCGCCAGUGCCAGCGCCAAGAACACCCAGCUGGCAGCUCCCCUGCACCUGGCCUGCCAGAGGGGACACUCCCAGGUGGUAAAGUGUCUGAUGGAUUACAAUGCUAAACAAAAUAAAAAGGAUAUAUAUGGAAAUACUCCCUUAAUUUAUGCAUGCUUGAAUGGUCACUAUGAGACUGCUGCCCUGUUGUUGCAGCACGGCGCCUCCGUGAACCUCUGCAACGCCAAGGGCAACACAGCCCUGCACGAGGCCGUGGCGAGCGGGAACGAGGCGCUGGUGGCCCUGCUGCUGCAGAACGGGGCCCUGCGGCACCUGCGCAACGAGCGGAGCUGCACCGCUGCCGACUGCGCCGAGCCCAAUUCAAGCAUCUUGAAGUUGCUGGAAGCAGCACCAAGCUGUGUCCCCACAUCAGCAGAGGGAGAGAAGGAGAGUGAGCAGCAUGUUACUGUCAAGAUACGGAAAAAAGUGCAUCCUAAGUCCUGUGAGGAAGCUGAUGAUCCCAUAAGCAGACAACUUCAACUGGUCCAGUCAAUUAACAGAUUUAACAAAGAAAAACACUUACGGAGAACAAUAACAAGAGAUAAAAGUGUCCCUAAUUUUGACUAUCACUUACUGCACCAGAUGGCUAUUAAAAGCUUUGAUAAAAGCAAAUUAAAAUCUGUUGGAACGCUGGACCAGGGCACAGUUCAGGUGACUGACACGGGGUGCAGUGGUGAGUUUGUGGAAGAUGACGACCCGGCGGCUCCUCACAGGAGUAAAUUAAUGCAGCGCAGACACACGGUCAAUGUGCCACUGCCAGCAGAGGAGGGCAGUGACUGUGGCUCAUGCAGCCCUGCAGAGCCCGGUGUUCCACAGGGCCACCACUGCGAUGGCUCCGUUUCCCAUCACUGACAGGGCAGCACGGAUUUGAGGCCUGGAGCUGAGGAAGUUGGUGGUGUGAAUUUCAGUAGCCCUUCGCUGUGUGUCAGAUGUCCCAGUUCAGAGCAGGCACAGGCCGGCUCUGCAGCACAGCUGGAAUGUUCUGGCACCUGGGGCCUGACUCCUCUGUUCAUGUUGGAGGUGACAACACAGCCAGGUAUUACUGAUCUCACUAACAGGGACGUAAUGAGAUGAAGACAACAAAAUUACUAUUCUAUUCAGCACUUAUUAAAAAGUUCUAUGUAACAGUAAACCAAAUGAAACCCUGUAUUGUAUUUUUCAGCCACCUGCUUUGUUUUAAAAGUCUUUGAAUAAUUUUUGCAUUUUCAGUUUGUAUCACUACAUUCAGAAUAUAAAUAUAUUUAUAUAUAUAAAAAGAUAUAUUGAAUAACAAGGUAUUUAUUUCCAGAGGUAAUUGAAAUGUCUCUAUUUUUAUUGUAAUGUUACAAACCAUUAUAAUAUAUAUUUCUGUAUAUUUCAGUAGCUGGGCAAACAAUAACAUCUGCAUUAUUAAUGUGAAGGGAUAUAACCCUUGCUAAUCUCUCAGCAAUGCUCCCCCGUACUGGAGCUGCAAUAUCAAGUUUUCAGAGAGGAGCCAAGGUACUGGGGAAAAAGUGGAGAGCCCUUGACAAAGCUAAACUUUGGACUUGCUAUUCAUAGCCUAAUAAAAAAGCAGAAGCAAGCACAAGGUGCAAGGGCACACAAAAUUGGGUUGCUUUUCCCCUCCUCUAAAGCAAGUAAUGCAAAAAUGCACAAGUAUUUGUGAUUCUGAACCUAGGCAACAUCCACAGACAAAACUGCUUCGGAGCCUGCUCUGGACUGCUCCUAAAAAGGUGAAAUUCCCAUUAUGAAAGGUACUUCUCACAUCAGUGAGCACUGGCUGCAAUAGGCCAAACCCUGCCCCAUUCCCAGGGGUGAUCACUGAAGAAUUGAGAGCUCACACGGAACUACCAAGUGGCUGCUUAGGUCUGAAGUUCAUUUUCUACUGUUCGGUUAUGGGAGGAGAAGGUGUAAAUAGCACAAGCCAUGUUUUGCAGUGCAGUAUUUUUUUAUUCUUGGCUCAUCACAUCCAGCUUGCAUUUUAUUUCAUGAACUAUUUGUAUAGAUAAUUCUCUUUCUUUUAACUGUGGUAUUAGUAAACUACCUGGCAAAAUACAAAGCUGGAAGAUUGAGUGGUGGGUUUUUCAGAUAAAUUUUUAAUCUAAGAGGUAAAAUGUCAAAUGACAUUUGGAUUUGAGGGUAAUAUGUUUAUUUUUCUAAUAAUUUAUGAGUUAAUCUGAUUUUCUGAUGUGCCUUGGAUUUGUGCCAAAUGAUAGAAAGAAAAAACUAGUAAAAGAACUCUUGAAAAUGC